AAUCGAUGCUGAGUCAACUCAAACAUCUAUCCUCUCCGAUCGGGACUUGGCUUUUAUAAUGAUUUUGGAGCGAUUCGAGUCGCGAAAUUGGCGAGUUGUUUCCCUUUUUUAUCUGUUUUAAAUUUCAAUUACUUUUAAUUUUGAGGGUUUAUAGUUUAUAAGUAUUUAGAGUGAUAGCGAUGAUCAUGAUUCUGAUAGGCGACAAAAUGGAGAUGGGCUGCUGCUCGUGCUUUGGUAUAUAAGGAAUCCCAUUGAUUUUUCCAAUUCUAGUUGCCGUUUUUCUCUCCAUUUGUUCAGGAUCAUCGAAACCCGCCUUGGCCCUUGUUGUCUUUUUGAGUAAUGGUCCUGAAAUUCUGUUUUGUUUUGUUUUGUUGCUCCAUUUUUGGGAAGACUUCCAAUUCUUCGCCGAUUAGAAGGAUAUAAUCUGCAGAAGAUACUUCUGCUUCUGCUUCUGCUUCUGCUGCUGCUUUUCCUGUUCUUCGCUACCCCUUUCGUUAGUUCUUGCCUUUUCCCAAUGUUUCUUUUCGAAUCAUAUUGAGAAUAGCUUCGAUUUUGAAUGGAAGAGAGUAACUCUAAAAGCAAGUUCAAGAGGGUUUGCGUCUUCUGCGGCAGCAACUCUGGCCAUCGCAAAGUCUUCAGCGAUGCCGCUCUUGAUUUGGGAAAUGAACUGGUUGAGAGGAAGAUUGAUUUGGUGUACGGUGGGGGAAGUGUUGGUUUGAUGGGAUUGAUAUCACAAACUGUAUACGAUGGAGGCUGCCAUGUUCUUGGGAUCAUUCCGAAAGCUCUGAUGCCUCAUGAGAUUUCUGGGGAAACUGUGGGAGAGGUAAGAACAGUUUUGGACAUGCAUGAACGAAAAGCUGCGAUGGCUCGAGAAUCCGAUGCUUUCAUUGCUCUUCCUGGAGGGUAUGGGACUAUGGAAGAGCUGUUGGAGAUGAUAACGUGGGCGCAACUCGGUAUCCACAAGAAACCGAUUGGCCUGCUUAAUGUUGAUGGUUACUACAACUCUUUGUUGGCACUAUUCGAUAAUGGCGUGGUAGAAGGUUUCAUUAAGCCCGUUGCUCGAGAAAUUGUGAUAUCUGCUCCAACAGCAAAGGAACUAAUGGAAAAAAUGGAGGAACAUACUCCUUUUCGUGAACACGUUGCUCCCCAUGAAAGCUGGGGAACGGAGCACCUCGGGGAUUAUCCUAGCCAAGAAAAUAAACCAUGACCGAUAAGCGAUCUUCUUAUGAACUGGUGAGUGUUAUUAGUUCUUGGAUGCUUGAAUCAUUAGUGAUCCAAGUAGAAGAAAGCUGGUUAUUAUAAACUUGAAAAAAUGGCAGAAGGAGAAGCAGAAGCAGAAGAGAAGUUGAGUUUGAAAAGUAAAAGACUGUUCAUAAUACUAUUCUUUUGCAUUUUGGUUGGUAGUGCAUUUUUCUGUCAACGAUGUUGACACUCUUUUUUUUUUUCUUCUUUUCAUUAUCUUCUGUCAUUAUUGGCUCUAUUAUGCCCUUUCAGUGCGCUCCUCAUUAUUGCAUCUUUAUUCACAAACUCUCUUGUUUC